AUGGCCGCCAUGAGUGUCCAAGAAAUGUCCAUCAAUGGUGAUCAACCACCGCCUGAAUAUAUUGUCAAAGAAAGCAGUUUUGGAUGUAUAGAGUCUUCCCCACCAUUAGCUGAUCAAAUUCCCAUCAUUGAUAUCAGUCUCUUCUCCCCAUCAUCACUUGAAUAUUCUGAACAAGCAGAGAAUCAUGAGCUACAGAAACUCAGAACAGCUCUCAGCUCAGCAGGAUGCUUCCAGGCAAUAGGUCAUGGGAUAUCAGAUUCAUUUCUUGACAAGGUACGUGAAGCUGCAAAACAUUUCUUUGCACUUCCAGUAGAACAGAAGCAAAAAUACUCCCGAGCACUCGAUGGCGGCUCCGAAGGAUAUGGGAAUGAUGUCAUAGUGUCGGAGAAGCAAGUUCUCGAUUGGUCCUACCGUCUCACUCUCAGAGUCUUCCCACAAGACCAAAGAAGGCUUCAUCUUUGGCCACAAAAUCCAAAUGAUUUUGGAGAGAUGUUACAUGAAUAUGCAACGAAGAUAAAGUUGAUGAUGGGGGUUGUGUUCAAGGCCAUGGCAAAGUCGAUGGAUUUGGAAGAGGAUAGCUUUGCAAAGCAGCUGUUUGGAGACCAAUCCCUGCUGCAAGCAAGAUUCAACUUCUAUCCACCGUGCUCGAGAUCCGAUCUGGUUCUCGGUGUCAAGCCUCAUACAGAUAGGUCUGGCAUGACAGUUCUCUUGCAAGACAAAGAUGUGGAAGGUCUUCAAGUUUUGAUAGAUGGUAAAUGGGUUAGAGUCCCCAUUGUUCCUCAUGCUCUUGUUCUUAACCUUGGUGAUCAGAUGCAGAUUAUGAGUAAUGGUAUAUACAAGAGCCCAAUGCACAGGGUGGUGACAAAUACAGAGAAGAUGAGGUUGUCUGUUGCUUUGUUUAAUGAACCAGAUCCUGAAACUGAGAUUGGUCCUGUGGAACACUUGAUAGACGACGAAACAAGGCCAAGGUUAUACAAAAGUGUCAAGAAUUAUGGUCGUAUCAACUAUGAAUGCUAUCAGAGAGGGGAGAUUGCACUUGAAACAGUCAAAAUCUAA